AUGGGCCGGUUCUUAGCAGCCCUCUCCCUUGUGGCGAGCUGCGUUAGCGCACAAAGCAUCUUUAACCUGAGUGAUGUUUCGUGGACGGUGAGCAACGGCGUCAACGCCACCGUGCCUGGCAAGCUGCCUUCACAUGCUCAUCUCGACUUGUUGGCGGCGGGCGUCAUCGACGACCCCAUCUAUGGCUUCAAUGAGUGGAACCAAUUCUGGGUCCAGAGAAUGAACUGGACAUAUACGUCUGGACCGCUCAAAGGACUCGGAUUGACUUCAUGGCUUGUCUUUGAAGGUCUCGACACUUUCUGUGAGAUCAAGCUCUGCGGUCAGAAAGUCGGCGAUACAAAGAACCAGUUCCGCAAAUACACAUUCGACGUCAGCGACAUUCUCCCCCAGUGCAAGGGUGACCCAGUCCUCAGCUUGAACUUUGGUUCUGCGAGCAAGAUUGUGCUCGACAUUUCGCAGAGAAGCGAUCUUGCCACGGUCAACUCUGCCAACGGCUACAAUGGACAGGAGUUCCAGGGCCGCACUUACAUGCGAAAGCAAGAGAGUGACUUUGGCUGGGAUUGGGGCCCAGUGUUUGGACCAGCCGGACCAUGGCGCCCAGCAUACAUUGUCCAAAAGGCCAAGACGGAUCCCGUGUACAUUACCAACACGGCCAUUGACAUUUUCCGCCAGGGACAGAUGCCCAACCUUUCGCCUGAUCAGUCCAAGCCUUGGGUGUUCAACGCCAGUAUCGAUUACAUCGGCGAUCUCCCCAAGGGCUCGCAGUUCCACAUGAAGAUUGUCGACAGCAAGGGUCACACUCUCAAGGAGGCUAACCUUGUUGACAUUAGCCAGUCUGCCGGCACCAUUACCGGAAACACCGUCAUCAACAGCAAAGUUGACCUGUGGUGGCCUUCUGGCUAUGGCGAGCAGCCCCUGUAUACUGCAACUCUGUCUCUCAUCAGCCCGGGAACCCCCAAGCAUGCUACCGUAACUAAGCGCGUUGGUUUCCGCACCAUUGUUCUCAACCUCAACGCCAUUACUCCUGAAGACAGGGCAAAGGGUGUCGCUCCCGGAGCCAGCUGGAAGUUUGAGAUCAACGGCCAUGAGCUGUAUGCCAAGGGCUCCAACUUUGUCCCUCCCGAUGUCUUCUGGCCUCGUGUCAACCAGACCAAGAUCCAGCAGACUUUCGAGCUGGCUGUCAACUCCCACUUCAACAUGCUGCGAAUCUGGGCCUCCGGUGCCUAUCUUCCCGACUGGGCGUAUGAUUUGGCUGACGAGAUGGGACUGCUGCUCUGGUCCGAGUUCCAGUUCUCCGUAGCCUACUUCCCUGCCACUCCUGACUUCCUUGCCGAGUAUGAAGCUGAGGCCUACUACAACACCCGCCGUGUGAACCACCACCCCAGUCUUGCUCUGUGGGCAGGAGGCAAUGAGCUCGAGUAUCUCAUCUAUGGCUGGUGGCUCAACCCCAGAAACAACACCCAGUUGGAGGACUAUGAGACUAUCUUCCAGCAGCAUCUGGCCAAGUGUGUUUAUGCCAACACCCAUUCCAUCAGCUAUAUCCCCUCGUCCACCUACCACGGCUAUACCAAGCUUGACUUCAACUCGGUCAGCCCUCAAACUUCUCGAUACGACUAUAUGGAGAGCCCGGAUGCCGUGUACCUCGACACUGACUUUUACAAUUAUGAUGGAACCAUUGCCUUCCAGUACAGCGGCUAUCCUGUCGGUCGUUUUGCUGACGAAUUCGGAUUCCCUUCCAUGCCCUCUGUCUACUCUUGGCAAGAGGCCAUUCCCGAGAGCGAGUUCAACUUUGACUCGUCCUACGUCCGCCACCAUAACCGUCAUCUGAGCAGUGGUAGUGACUGGUUCGCGCAAUCGGCAGCCGGCAUCAACCAGUUCACUGACAGUAUCAAGCUGUGGUACCCGCUUCCAGAGCUUGCUGAUCCCGUGGCCAACUUCACCGCCUGGACGUGGACCUCGCAGGUGUUCCAGGCUGACUACUACCAGGCCCAGAUUGCCUUUUACCGCCGCGGAUCAGGUCUUUCUAACCGCCAAAUGGGUGCUUUGUACUGGCAGUUCAACGACAUUUGGGUCGGCCCGACUUGGUCCAGCACUGAGCACAGUUUGCGCCAGAAGGUGGCCUACUAUGCCGCCAAAGACAUCUUCAACCCCGUCAUCGUCUGGCCCUUUUACGACGAGGCCACUGAUGUCUUGGAAGUCUGGGUCGUUUCUGACUUGUGGGACAAGGUUUCGGGAACUGCCACGCUCCAGUGGGUAGACUGGCACGGUAACCCUCUUGAUGUUGAUCCUCCUGUCGGUGUCAAGCCUGCCCAUGAUGGUUCGUUCAAGGUCAACUUUGAUGUUCAGCCGAUCAAUGCCACCCGCCUGGUCACCUAUCCUGCUCUGACCACCUUCUUCUCUUGCAAGAACCCGACAUCCAAUGCCUUGCUCUCCAUCUCCAUCAAGGCAGGAGAAUACACACACACCAAGUUCUUCCACCAGCAGAGCCUUCGAUUGAGCAGCAUUGCCGAUCCGGGUCUGGUCAUGAGCAAGUCGCUCCACGGAAAGACUGCCCAGUUCAAGAUUACCGCAACCAAGGGUGUGGCGGCGUGGGUCUGGGUUGACUACCCUACCACUGUCCGAGGAUACUUUGACCAGAACGGUUUCUGGUUGAACAAGGGCGAGAGCCGCACAAUUACCUUUACUGUGUGGGAUGAUUGGUCCUACGGUGCAUGGAUCAACGAUGUUGUUCUCCGAUCCAUCUAUGAUAAUGUGCAUAAUUAA